AUGCCACCGCCAGCGGCAUUACUCUUACAUGAACCUUGGCUGGAACUGAUUUUGAGCAACAAGAAGAGCUGGGAGCUUCGAGGAUCUGCCACAAGUCGGCGUGGCUUGAUCAGUUUGGCCAGAACUGGAAGCAGCAAGUUGUUCGGCGAAGUCGAGCUCAUCGACUGCUUCAUGGUGGCAAAGCGAGAUGAGCAGGGUAACCUGGUCGAGGUUGCGGGGAACGAAGAGAACUUUUUGGUGCACCACCUGAGCAAACACCAGGUAGAGGACCUCAGCGCCAUCAAGUACCAGAAGGUUUUUGCCUGGGUCCUGAAAGACCCAAAGCGAUAUGAGAAGCCUGUCCCCUAUUGCCACCCUAGAGGCGCCAUCAUCUGGGUACGAAUUGCAGAGAAGGACCAGUCAAAAGGGUCGCAGUCCUUGACCCUACCAAUGAAGGCCACAUCUAAGGCUAUGCCGAUGCCCAAGGCCCUGCCAAAGGCACGCUGCUUGACCCUACCAAUGAAGAAGACCACAUCUAAGACUAUGCCCAAGGCCCAGCCAAAGGCACACUGCUCCGCCUUGAAGGCGAUCACAAAAUAG